AUGGAAACGGAAGACCAGCAUGAUAAACCCACCCAAGUACCACGCCUUCAAGAGUCCAGCAUACCCAACCUCUCCAUCAACUGCGUCCUGACCCUCAUCGCGAAACGUUCAGAUAACAGCCACGCCCUGGCGCAAGAGGAUCUCGACCCCGACGCUGACCGCCGCGACUUCGAACCCGGCCUCCUCCGCGGUACCGUACGACCGUCUGACGAACUUCUCCGCGACGCCGAUGCUACUGAUGUCUACAUCCCUGCUAGGCAACCCCUCCUCCGUCCUGUGGCAGCGUCAGCGAGCGCCCGCGUGCACCGCAGCCGUCACGUCAACGCCCCUCGCCUUACAUGCCGCCGCCACAACCCUCCCCGUAAUCCUCCUUGCUCAACGCAACGCGAGCGCGGCGCCGCGCUACACGGGAUCCCCACACCGCCCCCGCGGCCUGGGCGAGCGCGCCCCACGAGAGAGCAGCGGCGCGCUGCUUUGGUUCCGCUGUGGAGUGUUGAUUGGGGCACGGAGGGCAGCAGCGUCUUUGAUCGCGAGCGCGAGACGGGUGAUCUCAGUUCACCAAGCGAGAGAGAAUGGGUCGGCGAGGGUCGUGGGCGUUGGCGUUGGCGCAGAGGAGGCGAGAGUGAGUGA